AUGGACCCAAUGUCCUUUCAGAUCCCCGGCAUGGUGCCGCCGCCCAUGAUGAACCAACCUCCCCAGAUCUUCGGCGGCUACGGGACCGAAGGCAUACCGCAACUGCCGCCGGAGCUUGCCUCGCACAUGUUUUCCGAUUCCAGCCUGCUCAUGGAGGAUUCCAACGAGGCCAAGAGAAGGCGCAUCGCCAGGGCCUGUGACAUGUGUCGCAAGAAGAAGAUCAAGUGCGACGGAAAGCUGCCGGCCUGCACGCACUGCAUCAACUACAAGACCGACUGCGUCUUUACGCAGGUCGAGAAGAAGCGAAGCCCACCCAAGGGCGCCAAGUACAUCGAAGGACUCGAGAAUCGCCUGGGUCGGAUGGAGCAUCUCCUGAAGCUCUCCGGCCUUCUUAGCGAAGACGACAAUGGCGCGACCGAUCUCGGCGAACUCGAGAAGAGACUGUCGGAAAAGUCUCGCCACGUGUCGGCCGCCACUUCGGCCGUCCCGACUUCGCCCUCGUUGGCGCCAUCCGCUCAAGAGGCCCCGAGUACCCUGACACCCCAGAGCGUUCUCCCCUCGCCGAGACCCGUCAAGGAGAGCAGCCACAAGGAAGACAAGCGCACGUCCAUGUCGCCGGCCGACGACAGCCAAGGCGACGAGGAAGUCGAGUCGUUGUCGGAGAUGAUGUGCUCGCUGGUGACGAACCAGUGCGGCGAGACGCGGUACAUUGGAUCCUCCUCGGGCUUCUCCAUCUUCUCCCCCAGGGGGAUUCAGUGGGUCAACGAGAAGACGGGCGACGAUUCCUUCGCGAGGAUGAUCUCGGAAGUGUCCGUCGACGAUCACAAGUGGAACAACUGGAAACCCGAAGUCUUCCGGGACCUCUUCCAGCGACCCGUCUUCCGCCCCCUGCCGCCCAGGGACGAGGCCCUGUCCCUGCUCAAGGACUACUUUGAGAACUUCAACUGCAUGUUUCCGCUCUUCCACCAGCCUACCUUCAUGCACCUCGUCGAACGCCAGUACUCCGAGGACCCCUACCAAGGAUCUGGCUGGUGGGCCAGCCUCAACUGCGCCCUGGCCAUCGCCCACCGCCUGCGCGUCAUGAGCAAUCUGGUGCCGCAGGAGGAGGACGAGAAGGCCUGGGCUUUCUUGAAAAACGCCAUGGGCGUCUUCUCCGAGCUGACGAUGCGAAACACGGACCUGCUGAGCGUGCAGGCCCUGCUGGGCAUGGCCCUCUUCAUGCAGGGAACGCCGAACCCGCAGCCGACGUCGCUCCUCAUCGCCGCCGCCAUUCGCCUCGCCAACAGCAUCGGCCUGCACAGGCGUGGCACGGGCUUCAACCUGAACCCCAUCGAGAUCGAGCAGCGGAAGAGGGUCUUCUGGAUCGCCUACAUGCUGGACAAGGACCUCUCGCUUCGCUCCGGCCGACCGGCGGCCCAGGACGACGACGACAUGAACGUCGAACUUCCCGACGCGAACCCGCCCGACAACAUCGGAAACAUCCCUCUCGCCGACGGCAAGGGCAAGAUGAACCUCUUCCGCGUCAUGUGCGAGUGCACCGUCAUCGAGGGCAACGUCUACCGGCGCCUCUACUCCAUCAAGGCCAGCAAGCAGACGCCCGGCGAGAUCCUCAACACCAUCGGCGAGCUCGACCAGGAGCUCGAGGAGUGGAAGGAAAACAUACCCAUCGACUUCCGGCCCGAGUACGAGAUCAAGGCGUCGCACACGCCGCUGAUCCUGCACGUCGUCAUGCUGCACUUCACCUACUACAACUGCCUGACGACGAUCCACCGCAUGUCCAUCCACCACGGCUUCUGGACCAGCAGGCUGGCCGACUACGCCAUCAAGGGCCUCAACACCCGCCCGCUCAACCCGAGGGUCUUUUCCUCGGCCGCCUUGUGCACGGCGGCCGCGAGGGCGUCCAUUUCCUUGCUGAAAUACGUGCCUCAGGGAGACUUUAGCUGCGUAUGGUUGAUUCUGUACUUUCCCGUCUCGGCGCUCAUGACCCUCUUCAGCAACAUCCUCCAGAACCCGCUCGAUCCGAGAGCGAAGUCGGACACGCGACUGAUGAGCCUCGUCGUCACCUUCCUUUCCAUGCUCGGCCAGGAAGCCGAGCAAGGGGGCGUGCAUCGCAUGCUGGGCGUCUGCUCCGAGUUUGUGCGCAUCUCCAAGGUGGUGAUCGAGAACGCCGAGAAGGAGCACUCGUCGCGGCGCAAGCGCAAGAACGGAGACGUGACCAACAAGCCAACCUUUUCCACGGCAGCCGUCACUUCCGAUCUGAAGACGAGCCGUUCGGCGGCGGAAACGCCACGGUCCGAAGCGGCCAUGACGACAGCCUCGGCCGCGGCAAUCGCCAACGGCCUUCAGAUGGGCCAGCCGCACCUGUCCCCGGGGUCCAGAUUCGAUCGGGGAAGCUCGUACGGCGCCGGGCCAGGCACCGCCGCCUCGUCCGAGCCGUCGCCGUCGAUUUCCUCGGCAGGCUGGCCGCAGGACUUGCAGGUGCCGCAGAACGGCGACUACGAUUCCUACGAGUACGGGACCAUGCAGGGGCUGAUGCAGUCUUCCCCGAUGUCCAUGGCGUCAGGCCCCUUCCAGCAACCUCUUCUUCCACAGGACCUCUUUGGCCUGCCCGCCACCUUUGACUGGAGCUGGGCCGAGAUGAGCGGUGGCGCCUAUCCGACGGUCGAGAACGGCAACUUUGGCGAGGGCCAGCCGGGGAUGCAGGGAUGA